CCAACAAACUUUUCUUUACUUUUUUUAAAACUCGUGCUCACUCUAAGAGUGACAAUUAAGUUGGGACGGAGGGAGUAUAUUAUUAAUACUUUCAAACUAAUUUUAAAUGCAAAAGGUGGAACCAAAAUACGGGGUUUAUAUAAGAAAAAAUGAAGUUCAUUAUUAGUUUUUUCUUAGUAUAGUUCAUUACAAAAAAUUCAUAUUUUUAAAACAUGCAAAUGAACUCUGUGCUUUUAAAAAUCCAAAAUUUCUAUAAUGAACUAAACAUUCACUAAUAAUGAUCUUUGUGAUGAACUCGGUGUUCUGGAUUUGUGUUUUGCAUAUAAUACAAUCCUACGGACUAUGUAUAUAUGUGAUUGGAUUGGAUUGGAUUGGAUUGGAUGCAUUUCGAUUGUAUUUACAGGUUAUUUAUGUGAGGCCUGGAUAUGAAGCUGAUCUGGAUUCUUUAAUACAAGACACAGUUCGACUUGCCACUUCAGUUAAAGAAACUUGCGAGAAAGCCGAACCCAAAUUACACCAUAUAGGUGCAAUGAAUGCACCUUCGAUCGAUCGGUGGAACAAGCUUUUGGAAUUGAAGAAGAGUCACGAACUCAUAUAUAGAUUUGAUGAAUAUCCAAUAUGGCAAAGAUGGAGAUGUAAUUGGCAUGCACUUCAUCAUCAUAAGAGUGUCAUAGAUAUGAAUGAUAUGUAUAAUGUUCAUGUUUAUAAUUAG